AUGUCCUUUUAGUUUAGAUGUGUUGAAAUGUGCUUCUUCUUGUAGGGUGCCCCUGGCAGUUUUGGAACACCGGGCGUCCCUGGAGAUUCUGGCCUUGCUGGUCCACGCGGUGCUCCCGGUGUACCCGGACCUCCUGGUGAGAACGGAGCAGACGGUUCGCCAGGACCACCCGGACCUCCCGGACCAAUGGGAGAGGCUGGAGAACAGGGCGCUCCUGGAGAUAUUGGCGAUCCUGGACCCGAGGGAGAUGUAGGACCAAUUGGACCACCCGGACCUCAGGGAACAGUGGGAGCUCCCGGUGUCUUAGGAGCACUUGGAACAGUUGGACCGCCGGGUGAAAAUGGAGCGCCAGGACCUAUUGGACUUCUUGGACCUGUCGGACCCCCCGGCCCAGACGGAGAGAGGGGACUGGACGGAGCAAAGGGUGAUCCCGGUGAACCCGGUGCUGAUGGCAAGCAAGGCCUGACCGGACAGCCUGGUCAAGACGGGAGACCAGGGGCGAGAGGAAGUGGAGGAGAAAGAGGCAAACGGGGUCCCCCAGGCCCUCCGGGUCCUCCAGGACCGAGAGGAGACAUAGGCGAGGCGGGACUGAAUGGUGGACCAGGUCCCCAGGGACCCCCCGGCCGCAAAGGACCAAGGGGUGAAUCUGGAGCCCCGGGUGAACUUGGAGCUGAUGGCAUUCCCGGAGAAGAGGGACCUGACGGACCCCCCGGACCACCUGGUAAACCCGGCUUCCCAGGCACAGAUGGAACACCCGGAAUACCCGGAACACCCGGAGCACCCGGCGAAAGAGGAGUAAAGGGCGCCAAGGGAUUCCCAGGCCUGGCAGGAAACGAUGGUGCUCAGGGAGCCCGUGGAGGGCCUGGGCCGAGAGGUGCACAGGGAGACCGCGGACCCAUAGGAUCGCAGGGCGCUCCAGGAGAAAAUGGUGCCAACGGCGAUCGUGGACUGCCAGGAAAUACUGGAGCUGAGGGUGCAAAAGGAGCACGCGGAGGCCAAGGAGUCAAGGGGGAGAAGGGUGAACGUGGAAUCCAAGGGUCGCCUGGCCGUCAAGGUCUCCAAGGCAGAAUGGGAAUUGCUGGGGAACCAGGCAGCAAUGGAGCGUCAGGACCUCAGGGCGAUCCGGGUGACCCAGGUCCUCUGGGUGAAAGCGGGCCCGACGGGUUCAGAGGUUUACCGGGUCCUGUUGGAGCUAAGGGUCUCAGAGGACGUCCGGGACCACGAGGAUUUGCGGGUCAAUCAGGCAGACCGGGACCCCCUGGACCUCCUGGCGAACGCGGUUUGCCUGGCUACCCUGCUCCAUCAAUGGUGCGUAUUUCCCGAACUGGACCACCAAAAGGACCUGGAGGCGGCCCUGGUGAUGGGUUUGAACCAGGCCCUGAAGAAGAAAGUGAAGGUGGAUUUAACAGAAAACGAAGAUCAGCUCCAAGCGUGGAAAUGCAAGUUCUCGAUCGCAUUGCUGAACUCGGCGAGACGAUGUACAAACUGGAACACCGCGACAACUCAGGAUUCUUCCCCGCUAAAACCUGCCGUGAUCUUCAGCUUUGCCACUCCAUUUACAGCCUGGAGGACGGUGAUUAUGACAUCGAUCCUAAUGCUGGAUCCUCUAAAGACCAGAUCAGAGUACACUGCAACUUCACCAACCAAGCCACCUGCAUCAGGCCUAAAGUGAAAAAGAUUUCCAAGGAUAAGUGGAAAACACAAGUAGAUCCCCGUAUGAAAGUCGCAUGGUACGCUGAGGACUUGAACAAUGACACCAAGAUUGAAUACGAGAUUGACGAGAUCCAACUGAACUACCUACAACUGCUAAGUAACCACGCCCAACAGACCUUCACCUUCAGAUGUAAAAACUCGGUGGCCUGGUACGACGAAAGCGCGCGCAGCUUUAAGAAGGCGGUCAAGUUUGAAGGUGUCAGCGGUCACGAGUUUAGCUCUAAAUCCAAAUCAAAGAAAGCUAUGAUCAAGGUUCCAUAUGACGGAUGCAAGGUGAAGGACGGAGCACUACACGACACGCAAUUUGUGAUAACUAGCACCCAGGCCUCCCGGCUCCCUGUUGUAGACUUUGCCGCUUAUGAUUUAGCCGGUGAACUAGAAGUUGAAAUUGGCGAAGUGUGUUUCUGGUGAACUGUGUAUAAUAACUAGGGACUGUUCCCGCUGUAUUUUAUUAAACAACAGAACUCUUGGUAGAUGUUGUGGACGCAAGCUUACUAUUAUGCAUGUUUAGUUUCGUGUUUCGAAGGAAGUACUUUUUAUUGUUAAAUAUUGUGUCUUACCGUGCCAUGAAAUGUGAUGUCAGUUCAAUUCCCUAAGGUCAGCAGAUAAAUAAAGGAUUAUUUUUGCAAUCGCAAGCGAUUUGUAAUGCGUAGCGACAAAUAACCAAUAUUAGGAUUGUUAAUAAUGCAUAGCUUAUGGAAACUGGGCAGUGUUAACGCAAAAAUAAACUUGCUGCCCUAAACUAGCGAGGUUUUUUCUUGUUUCUAUGUGUGUACAACUUUCCACACAAGAAUCUGACAUUUACAGCUAGAGAACAAAUCGCCUCAACUUAAGUGUUUUUAUAUUUUAUCUUUGAUCUUUUCUUAUUUGUAUGAACGAAACGUUGUAUUCACAGCUAGAGAGAAUUCAUUAUAAAGUAAUUAUUAAAUGCUUGAGGAAAGAA